AUGCUGUUCUCGCUGCGCGAGCUGGGCCAGUGGCUGCGCCUGGCGCCCUGCGAGCUCGGCCUGCAGGGGCUCGCGCUGCUGCUCUGCUCCGCACUGCUCGUGCUCAAGGUGGACGGCGCGGCCGCCGCGCUCUCCUGCUGGGCCGUGCUCGGGCCCUGCUUCGCCGCCGACGGCCUCAGCACCUAUUUCAGCACCAUCGUGUCCGUGCGGCUCUGCCGGGACGGCGAGAAGCGGCUGGCCGUCCUGCGGCUGCUCUGGGUGCUCACCGUGCUCGGCCUCAAGUUCGUCUUCGAGCUGCUGCUGUGCCAGAAGCUGGCGGAGCGCACGCACGAGCUCUGGUACGGGCUCGUCAUGGCGCCCAUCUUCAUCCUGCUGCAGCUGCUGCUGCUCCGCGCCUGCCGCGUGAACUGAUGGGGCGG